GAUGCUGAAAUCAACGAACAUGGUUACAACACUGUCUGUUUCUCCCUCCGUCUCCUCUAUUUCACCAUGGCAGCUGUCAACCGACGGGACAUUAGCAAAGCGGGGGUAUCAAGCUGCGCUCACAGAGUUAAAACGUCAUUGAUAUGAAAGAGGAGAGUGUCUUGUUUACUGUCUCUGUCCAGACAUGUAACACCGUGAGUUUUUUCCAGUCUGAAAUCUUCCAGCAUCUCUCACAACAACCCAACGUCUCCUUGACUGAUUUGAGUUAAUUCACUCUUGUACCGGGAGAGAGAAGGGAGGCAGAAUUCCGUUUUGCCAAUGGCUUCUGUGAGCCUUGUUUCCAGUCCCCCAGCCCCUGUUCUUGACAAAAACAUGACAGACUCUGAGCUUGCAGGGGAUGAAAGAGAGGAUGGAGAAUUGGAGGAUGGAGAAAUAGAUGACGAGGGAAUUGGAAUUGAAGAGGAAAACAAAGAGGCUGCAGAGGUGAAUGAAGAUAAAGAGAGGGAAAAGGAGAAAGAAAAGGAAAAAUCUAAAGAUAAAGAAGAAAAGACUCACAGGCACUCGAGGAAAAGAUACAAAAAGACCAGAGAGAAGAGGAGGUCCAAAAGAAGGAGACGUGAUAGGCAGAAACACCACUCCCCGUCCAGUAGCUCCAGCUCUGACAGUUACGACUCCGAUUAUGACCGACCAGAAAGACUCAAAAACAGAAAGGGAUCCGAUGGCCAAUCUUCUCAGCAUGGACGGGACUCAAAGGGUAGUCACGGCAAUUCACAGAAGUCCCCGCCACACAAGAGCAGCGAUUUUGACAAGUACAGUGACUACAGCGAUGACAAGUAUGACUACGAAGAUGAGGAAGAUGAUUAUGAAGAUGACAUGUCCGAGUACCCGCAGUCAAAAGAUUCCCCAGGUCAGGGAAAAGGACGCCAUGCUAAAGAUCAGAUGAAGAGAGGAGGCAUGAGGGGCAUGAAACAACAGCAAUUUGGGCAGAGGGGAAGAGGGAGAGGGAGUGGACCAGGUCGAGGACGAGGGAUGCUCAACAAGAACAAGAAGCUGAAGGGUAAACCCUGGGGAGGACGUGGACGAGGUCGAGGAGGAGACCAGGGCAUGGAAGACAUGGAAGGGAAAAAUCCCCCCAGUUUUCAGAAGAAACGACCAAUUAUGAGCAAGGAGUUUAUCAAUCAGCACACAGUUGAACACAAUGGUAGAUACAUUUGCAAGUAUUUCCUGGAAGGUCGAUGCAUCAAGGGGGAACAGUGCAAGUUUGAACACGAGCUUGUCAUCCCAGAUAAGAAAAAGGAACUCUGUAAAUUCUACCUCCAAGGAUACUGCAGUAAAGGAGAUAACUGCAUUUACAUGCACAAUGAAUAUCCAUGCAAGUUCUUUCACACUGGAGCCAAAUGUUAUCAAGGGGACAACUGCAAAUUCUCCCAUGAGGCUUUGACCGACGUGACCAAAGAGUUGCUUGAUAAGAUCAUUAACACUGAAGAGGAGAAUGCUCGUGAGGAUGAGUUGGAGCUGGAGGACCUGAGGAAACAGGGUAUCGCCCCACUUCCAAAGCCUCCUCCUGGUGUGGGGUUGCUCCCCACUCCUGGUCAGAGCAGUCCUACAGAUGUAGCUGCUGGUCAAGCAGGAAAGAAGAUCCCCUCCCUCUUUGAAAUCAAGGUUCAACCUACUGUAGACUUGGCACACAAAAUUGGUCUGAGUGGAUCCAACUACUCCCAGAAUCAGGGUGACAGCACCAAUCAGUUUAGUGGAGGCUCAGAGGAAACACAGAGUGGAGGUAUGGUGCCUUCAGGCCCCACCGCUCCUCCAGUUCCUCCACCUGGGUCCCCUGGUCCCAUGGGUCUCCCCACAGGGCCACCCAUGCCACAGAGUCCCCAAGGACAGCACCCACCACACGGCUUUCCAAUGCCGCCACCAAUCCCACCUGGUCAACCUCCUCCUUUUCAUGGAAACCGACCUAACAUCAACCCACAAAUGAAUAUGCAGAGGCCUCCAUUCCCCCCAGUACCUGAUCUACAGAUGCUACAAAGCCUCUUCCCGUUUCCAUCGAUGGGUCAGAACCCAGUAGAGUUUUUCAGCAAUUUCCUACGAAAUCAGGCUGUGGGCCAACAAGGAGUGGACCCUGGUGUGGCCUUCAUACAGAACCUCCAGCAGCAGAUGGGUGCAGAGUCACAGUUGCAGUCUUUACCACCAGCAGUGCAGAAAGCCAUCUUUUUACACCUGACGCAGCAGAAACAAGAGUCACAGCCACAGGGGAAUGAGCCACAGAGAGCAGAGGGCCAGGAUGAUAACAGUGCAAACAGAGAUGAAACUACUAACUGGUACUCCAGCGAUGAGGAGGAUGGAAGCUGUGUUUCCUCCAUUCUCAAAUCUCUAAAGAAGCAGAGUGAGAUGCAGCAGUCUAAGACCUCCCCGACUGCCCCUGUGGCUGCAACACUGGUUGACCCUCGGCUUGUGAAGGAGAGGGCUCCACCCAGUGACCCACGUGUCAAGUCAGACCCACGGCAGCGUCCCCCUGAGAUGAAAAAGGAGUCAGAUGGAGGCACUGAUCCAAGGCUCUCCAGGGACCCCAGGAAGUUGAGACCCAUGGAGCCAAGCUCAUAUCGCCAGCAGAGCCACCCGGUUCCUCAAAAGCCACCUACUGGAGAUGAGGACGAGGAAGGAGAGAGAGAGCUCAGGGACCGAGCUGUCCUCAUCCCUCUAGAUGCCAGCCCCAGUGUGGUGCUGCGGGAUCCACGUUGCCAAUUAAAGCAGUUUAGCCACAUCCGAGUGGACAUUCUGCUCCAGCGGCCUUCCUUUGCCCAAACAGUGGUAUGGGCUCCUGAAGACCUCAUCCCUUCCUUGGUGCCCAAGCAGGAACACUCCAUCAAUUUGCCCCUCCCACCGCUGAUUGCUGAUGCUCAGAUGAACCGGACAAGUCUGCCUGACCUUCCCCCUGUCUCCAGCCCUCCACCAGCAGACCCCAGGCUGGCAGCUGCACGUCUGAAGGGUCGACUGCCAUCUGUAUCUCUGGAGUCUCGAUCCUCCAUAGAGAGACCUGUCGAUCCCCGCCAGCAAAAGGCUUUAGACCCCAGACUCAAGCGUACAGGAAGUCUAGACUCCAAGCUGAUGGGUCAGAAAGAGCCCUCCUCUGGGGGAGGAGUUGUUGACCCCAGGUUACAGAAGGCCAGUGCUGGCUCCUCUCCUCAUGCUGCUCGAGCCAAGACAGAGCCUGAGAGGUUGCCACCAUAUGCGCCUCGUUUGGCCUCCUCUGGUGGAGGGCUGGAGAGUCCCACUACAAUCCUUGGAGGCAUCAGCCUGUACGAUCCUCGUAAUCAAACUGAGCAGGCUCAGAAGGACCAGGUAGAACCUCCUAAAAAAGUGGGGAUUCUUAAACAUCCUGUUAAGAAAGACAAUACUCCACCACCAUCACUCUCCCCAACUCAAAGAAGCAGCUCUUUUGAGGAGGCAAAAAGCACAGACAGCACCUCAGAUCAGCCUCCACCUUCCAGUACACCCACAGUGCCUCCGGCCUCACCAGUCAAACCCCCUGCCGUGCAUAAUCUUCCCAUCCAGGCACUGGCAGGGCUGAUCCGACCCCAGUACGCUGACCCCAGGCAGGCCAAACUAGUAGGACAGGGCUCUGCAGGAGCACAAGAAGAAGCAGAGGAAAAGAAGGAGCAGGAGCAGAAGCAGGAAGAAACCACAGUGGAGGAACCAAAACAGGAGGAUCCAGAGGAGGAUGCAGAUGACAGGACACUUAAGGACGUGUUCAAGACUUUUGAUCCCACUGCUUCCCCUUUCUGUCAGUAAACACUCCAGUGUGGACAUGUAGAAAAGCUGCAUAUGUUUUGUACAUUGAUGAGACAUGUAUAUUAAUUGUUAUUUAGCUUUACCUGAAUCUAUUUAUUUCUGUAUAUAAAUUCUGUUUAUGAUCAUGAAUAGAUUCACAUAGUAUCCAGCACAUUGCAAAUUUAGCAGUACGGAGAUGAUGCUGAAUAUGUGCUGAGGCACAAUGUAUAGUUCCUGUAAACGUAAUCAUAUUAAUGCUGAAGAGUGUUUGUGUGUGUGUGUGUGUGUGUGUGUGUGUGUGUGUGUGUGUGUGUGUGUAGAUUUUUUGUCAAUGAUUUAUUUUCAUGUACGUUGUAAACAAUCAGAAACAAUGGACUGAACCAUUCUGUUUUAUACUUUAUUUGCAGGCAUUACACUCUGUAGAAUAGAUCAUUAAUUACAUAUGCAGAGAGAUAAGAAGUAAUGAAUCAAACAACAGUUUUACAGAAUCCAUUAAGAAUUUUUGUAUUUACAUAUUUAUUUGAAGACAUUUUUAUAUUAGUGGGACUUUGUGCUUCUGCUCACUUUUAUUAGAAAGGAUUUUUUCACAUUUUUCUUGAACAUUUGCAAUUUUUGCCACACAUAUCCUGAUAUGAGCUAAAGACGUGGCAACCUCCAACAUGAUUAGGGCGGAGAAUCAAUACAGAUAACUAUGUACAAGUUUGCUCAUAGGCUCCUUGCCUGAAAUAUAUACAAUACAUUAUGACUUAAUGUCCCUACAGUAUUGAUAUGCUUGCAGAAUUCUGUGUGCAAUAUGAGAUUAUUCCUUUCUUACUACAUUGUGUCCUUUUGCAACAUUACAGUAACGUUACAGAUUUUGUACUUUGUGCAAUUUUUUUAGGUGGCCUAAAUGCUUUGAGGAUGUAAUGUCAACUUUCUAACUUGCUAACUCAGCAGUAUGGAGUAAAUUAAUAUUGUGACUUCAUUUGAUUUCUCACUGCUGACCAGCUUGUAAGUAGCACUCAAAACAUCUUCCACUUUUUACAUACUAGAUCAUCCAAAUAGGAAAUUAAGAUGGUUGAAAAUCUUGAUCACAUUGCAGGUAUAUGUUUUAUAAAUAUGACCUUUAUGAAUAUCUUUUAAUGGCUGAGUUUUGUUGAAGUUUACUGUAAAUGAACUUGUAUCCGGGCAGUGUGUGCUACAAAAGGUGAAUGUUGUGGAACUAAUGUGGAUUGAGUCAGUUUUAUUUGAUAGCUCUGUGUUUGAUAAUGUGAGCCUCCCUUGUUGGACAGAAGCAA